AUGGGUCUGGUUGUUAUCACCAUUUUAGCUUUUAGUAUAUUGAUAUUGCAUAAGCUUAUUACUCAUUUCAGCGUUAGUUCAAUCACAUACAUACGAUCACCACCACCAGGAAAGUCACGCUUCAUGGUUAAUAUGGUUAUUACUCAGAGUCAAGCAAGUGUUCCACCAUUACCUAUCUAUUCACUUGAUACUGAAUGUAAAACUGAUUUAAACGAGUCAACGUCUCAGAUACGUAGGACACAAUUUGACAAAAUUUUCGACAAUCGAGUCUGGAAUCAUCUGGGUGGUAGCCGUUCAGGGCCGGGCUCAUCAUUGGAAGGUGCUUUUGAUUGGAUAGCACAUUUACGGACAUUAAUGGAACAUCAUUCGAUUCAGUCUAUUGCUGAUAUACCUUGCGGUGAUACCUAUUGGCAAUUUGGUCUUCGAGAAAUUAAUACUAUCGAAAAACUAUAUUUUGGUGGUGAUAUAUCAACGCGAGUAAUAAAACAAAAUCAAAAACUAUAUGGAUUCAAACAUAAUAAUAAAUUAUUUCAAUAUUGGGAUCUUGUUAAUUGUCCAAUACCAACAUUCACAUAUAGAAAUUCGACGCAUGAAAUCAAAGGCAAUCGAUUUGAUUUAAUUAUUGUUCGUGAUGCAUUACAACAUAUGCAUAUUAAAAAUGGUUUGAAAGCUGUACGAAAUGUGAUUAAGUCAGGUGCAAAAUAUUUUGCAUUGAGCACUUAUCCACCGAAUGGAAGACCUGCAGGAUCGGUGAGGCGUUCAAUAGAAAAAAAUAGCACAUUACCAUUGACAUUAAAUGAAUGUAUCAACAGCACUUACUGUAGUACUGGUGCGAUUACAGAUGGUGGAUUCUAUCCGAAUAAUAUUAACUGUCAUCCAUUUAAUUUUCCUUUAAGCAAAGCAAUACUUGUACAACCAUCUCACGAAAAAUUUCCUAUGGAGCAUGAUGAAAUGCAUAUUUAUAAAAUUGAUGACGAAUUUAAGAGUAUUGUGGAAAAGUAUGACAAAGCAUGUACUUAA